UUUGCCCACAACUGAAAACUAAUUGUUGUUCAAUUCUGCCCAAAACCAGGACAAGACCUCCAAAUUAAACAACCAACCCAUUCCCCCCUAAAACCUCAAAAUUCAUCAUUAUCCCACAAAUGCCUCCAUCUACACCUCCACCAUCCCCCCACCCACCUUCCAACUCCGACCCCAUCGAUAGCGCCGCUGAAAUCCGCCUUCGCGAGGCAGAAGAACGGCUCAAGGAUGCCAUUGAGGAGCUCCAGCGCCGCCAGCUCAGUCGCGCCGCGGCAGCGCGUGGGCCUCACUGCCCUCCCUGCGAUCACCCUGACGAUUCCUGCGUUGCUCACGCCAUCGGUAACCUCUGCCAGAGCUUCCUCCUCUCAUAUGGCGUUCGUGUUGGUAUCGGCAUCCUCUUGCGCGCCUUCAAGCUUGCUCGCGGUCAUUCUUACUCCUCCCUCCUCGAUCUCAAGCAACUUGUCUCAGAGAAGGAUCUGAUUGUUAGAGAGGAAGCUUGCCGUGUUGGGUUGCUUUUUGGUGGUUUUACAGGAUCCUAUCAUGCCCUAAGAUGUAUACUGAGGAAGUGGAGGAGAAGGGAAACCCCCCUUAACGUAAUCUUAGCAGGUUCUGUUGCAGGCUUGUCGAUCUUAGCAUUAGGUGAUCCCAACCAAAGGCGUACUCUAGCUUUGUAUCUUUUUGCUAGGGUAGCUCAGUGUGCUUAUAACUCUGCUAAAUCCAAGAACAAAUUUCAUCUAUGGGGAAGCCACUGGAAGCAUGGAGAUUCCUUACUUUUUGCUUUGUCAUCUGCACAGGUCAUGUAUUCUUUCAUAAUGCGUCCUGAGAGCUUACCAAAAUCCUAUCAAGAUUUCAUUCAGAAAACAGGGCCAGUGGCACAACCUGUAUACAAGGCUGUCCGAGAUUGUUGUAGAGGUAGCGCAGUGGAUGUGGCUUCAUUGUCAGCAUAUUUGUUGAGUAGAGGGGUCCAAAAUUCAGUGCCCCUGGACGAGUUCCCCUCCAUUAUUCCCUGCUCCGUCAUUCAUCCAAACACCCAGUCAUGUUUAGCUCAUGAUAUGAAUGCAGCAUCGGCUACUUUCAAGAAAACCUUUCCUCUCUAUUUCUCGCUGACCUUUGUACCUUUCGUGGUUCUGCAUCUACAGAAGUUCUUGGAAACACCAGCUCAAACUUGUUGGCGUGCUUCUAAAGAGGCUGUUCGCUCAACUACAUUCUUGUCAGCAUUUGUUGGGAUCUUUCAGGGUGUUAUUUGUUUGCACAGAAAAGUGGCGUCAAAAGACCACAAACUUGUAUAUUGGAUUUCAGGUGGACUUGCUGCCCUUUCUGUGCUGUUUGAAAAGAAAAGUAGGCGGAGUGAACUUGCUUUAUAUGUUCUUCCGCGUGCCGGGGAUUCUUUAUGGUACAUAUUGGUAAAUCGCCAUUUACUUCCACGUAUUAAGAAUGCUGAGGUGGCUUUAUUUUGUGCUUGUAUGGGUGGGAUCAUGUAUUAUUUAGAGCAUGAGCCUGACACGAUGGCUCCAUUUUUGCGUGGCAUAUUACGCCGCUUCUUGGCAAGCCGAAUUAGUAAUCCUAGCCCUCCGCCAAAUCGUAAUGCUUCAUAUGCAUAUCUACAGACUCUCGAGGUCAUGGAAAAACCGAGAUUACAGACAAAGAAGGAAGAAGCUACCGACAAGUCUUCUGCUAAGUAUAACCUUGAGUCUAUUUCAGGACUCUGAUAAUCUUUAAAUGAUAACCCAACUUAUCCGAUGAUUAUUCAACACAUUGUUUUUAGCCAUCUGGGCCACUAUAUCAGAUGCUUGAAUUAGUGUUCCACCACCCUAUUGAUUAGGUUUAGCUCUUUAGAAUAGAGUUUCUCUUCCUCUCAACUUUUUUGCAAAGUAGGUUACGUUUCAGAAUACGAAAGGGAGAUUCAUGUGCUUGAUUAAAAUGGGGAAUAAUCUAUGGUAACCCCGUUUUGUUGCGCGAUAGGUUAUUUCCGAAAUGACCCCAUCAACUGCAAUGAAGUCUGUUUAAGGUUUAAUCUCCGAUCCUGGAGUGUUUCUUGAAGUUCAGGGUUAUUUAGAGAACGUCAAAGAAAUGGAGCAUGACACCAGGAAAACAUGUCAUGUUGGAAAAUGGCUUAUGGUAGACUAGCAGAGGGUUACUAACUUACUAUGAUUUUUUAUUUUUUUUUCCAAAAUUAAGAAAUUCGGAAAUUUAACUUGGUCGUGUAACUGUAUAACUUUUGGUUAUCUUUCACAGUUGUAUCCUGUGUAAUCUAUGAGUAUUAUGGAGUAUUUUUAAUGCUUCUCAUUCAAUAUCAAGAUGUACGAUUAAAUUUUGGUCUCCA